AUGAAAGUCGAUCGCGGAGCCCGUGGCCUUGUCGCUAUAACCGGUGCAAAUGGCACAAUAGGCUAUGCUUGCGUUGUUUAUGCACUACAGACUGGCUAUCGAGUACGCUGUAUCGUGCGCCGUUCCUCCGCUAUCGAAACCAUCAAAUCCGGGCCCUCAGUCCAGCCUCAUCUCCACCUGAUCGAAUACGCUAUCGUACCAGACAAUGCGGUUGAUAGAGCAUAUGAUGAAGCUGUUGCAGGUGCCGAUUAUGUCGUGCACAUAGCAGGAGCAUGGCCACUACCGAACUUAGAUCCCGACAAAGACAUCUACUGGCCAUUCAUCAACUCGACAAAAGGCUUGAUUGAAGCAGGAAAGAAGUCAGAGACUGUGAAGAGAAUGGUUUUCACGCAAGCUGGGGCUGGGCUCGUUGACUCGGAAGAUGGUGAUACCCUAGGCAGGCGCAUGGAUCGCGUUUUGAAUGAACAAGUCGAAGUCUCGCAAACAUCCCUCAAAUACCUUCCCCCUUUAAAGUCCCCUCACAACGCAUACUGCUCCGCAAAAGCUCAAUGCAUGACUAGCCUCGCCCUUCUGCAAGCCACCCACAAGCUCCCCUUCUCCAUCGCGCAAAUCAUUCCAGGAACCGUCAUCGGACCUUCAGAAUUCUGCACAACAUCUGACCAAGCGUUCGCGCAUUUGGAUCGACAGACCAAGGCCUUGCUCUUCGACGAUAUGACACCGCGUUAUGCGUUUGGCUUCGUGCAUGUGCAGGACUGUGCUCGUCUUCACAUCGAGGCGCUGGACGGGACAAACAAGAGCGAGGACAUGCCUAACUGGUACGUUGCUGCUGGGACGGUGGAGGAGGGCAUGGAUGGAGAAGGACUGUGGAAAGCUGCGGUGGACAUGGUCGAACAAGACUUUGAAGCCGAAGUCAAGACAGGACUGUUCAACGUGGGGCGAAAUAGGGUUCCUAUCAACAUGCCGUUUCGCGCCGACUCCAGGGUGACGGAGAAGAUGCUGCUGAGUGGAGACAAGAUCAGGGGGCUAGUGGAUAGUGUGAAGGAAGUCGCGCAGUGGUAUAUUGAACUGAAGAGGAAAGAAGAGAAAAGAAAUCUAUAA